AUGAGGAAGCUCCCAAACGAAACACUCAGACACUACGCCGAGCGUUACUGGCAACUUUUCAAUGAAAUUCCUGGAAUCGACGAGUACUGGGCCGCGCGCACCUUCAAAAAUGGGUUGGAAUCUGGCAGCAAAAUACUCGACGAACUGGCUAUUCGACCUCCGCACGGCAUGGGAGAAUUGAUGCGUGUCGUAGAACAAUUUUGUGCCCUUGAAGAGUUCUACGCGGACCGAGCCGCUCAAGGGAUCCCCAGUUCAACAACCUGCCUGCCGACAACAACCCCUCAGCUGCAGACACCAAUCGUACUUGUGGUAGGACCCGGGUCAAAGCGCCCGCGUCCAGAAGAAACGCCCAAGUGGACCAUAACUUUCACUGAGCGCGACCUUGAGUUCGUACAUACUCCACACUCCGAUGCUCUCGUCGUUACCGUUCAAAUCGGAGUCCACGAUGUCAAGAGAAUCCUCAUCGACCAGGGAAGCUCAGCAGAGGUGAUGUACUAUGAUUUGUUCAAAAAGCUUGACCUCCCAGAAUCAGCCCUACAACCCGCCGAGGUCCCUCUCAUCGGAUUCAACGGAACACCGGUUUGGCCACUAGGUCGAAUCUUCCUUCCGGUCGUCGCAAGUUCGAAAACGUUGACCGUUGAGUUCAUCGUCGUCAACGUGCCGAGCCUGUAUAACGCAAUUCUUGGCCGAGCCUGGCUUCAUGACAUGCAAGCAAUCGCUUCGACCUACCACCAGGUUGUCCGCUUCAUCGGCUCCAAUGGACGACAGGAAGAUCUGCGAGGUGACCAAGUAGCCUCCAAAAAGUGCUACAUCUCGGCUGUCCACAACUCUGCCAAGGCUAAACAAGUACAAUGGGUUGAAGUCCCCGACAUGGCCGUGAUAGACGACGUCGGCCAGAGAGCUGAAGACAAAACCGAAGAGGACCUAAUUCCAUUGCCCCUCAAUGAAGACGGUUCACGUUUCUUCUUAAUCGCAUCCUCACUCAGCGAUGACGAUCGAGAAGAAACAUUCCGCUACCUAAAGGACAACAUAGAAGUCUUCGCAUGGACCCCCAACGAAAUGCCAGGGGUCGACCCAGAUUUUAUCUGCCACUCUCUCAACGUCAGAAAGGACGCAAAGCCAGUAGUCCAGAAAGCGCGACGUUCGGCCACCGAACAUGCCGAUGCUGUCGUAGAACAGGUAAAGCGCCUACUGGAAGCUAAUGCCAUCCAAGAAGUGGAGUACCCAACUUGGCUUUCAAACACGGUGGUUGUUAAGAAGAAAAAUGGCAAAUGGCGAGUUUGCGUCGACUACACCAACCUUAACUACGCUUGUCCAAAGGAUUGGUUCCCACUUCCCAAGAUCAAUCAACUGGUUGACGCAACAGUAGGACAUGCUCGGCUAAGCUUCCUCGACGCUUACCGUGGCUACCAUCAGAUAGCCAUGGACCCAGAUGACAUGGAAAAAACAGCCUUUAUUACCCCUUACGGCAUUUUUUGUUACCGCGUCAUGCCAUUCGGCCUCAAAAACUCAUGCGCCACAUUCAACCGUGCCAUAUUCAAGAUGAUGCAUGCCAAAAUUGGCCACACUUUGGAAGCCUAUGUCGACGACCUUGUCGUCAAAAGCCAGAAGGAGAGCAACCAUCUCCAGGAGCUGAAGGAAAUAUUCGACAUUCUUAAAUUAUACAAGCUCCGCCUAAACCCCGAGAAGUGUGCGUUCGGCAUAAGUGCUGGGAAAUUUCUCGGACAUUUGGUCACCAGGCGCGGUAUUGAAGCCGACCCCAACCAGAUUAAAGCCAUCACAGAUUUGCGGCCACCAAGAACAAUCAAGGAAGUACAACAGCUCACUGGAAUGGCAGCCGCUUUGAACCGGUUCAUUAGCAAGUCCUCCGACAAGUGCCAUGCCUUCUUCAAUGCAUUGAAAGGCAAGAGCCGACGCAGCUUCGAAUGGACACCAGAGUGUGACUCCUCUUUGGCUGAACUCAAAGAGUACCUCAGCUCGGGCCCACUACUGGUAAAGCCAAAAGAAUUCGAGACCCUAUAUUUGUAUCUUGCUGUCUCCGCCCAUGCGGUCAGUUCUGCACUCGUUCGCCGGGAAGGGGCUGAAGAGAAGCCGAUAUACUUCACAAGCAAAACUCUUCUUCCGAACACCCCCUCAAAGCUCUCUUUCGGAAGGCAGAUCUCCAACCGGGUAUCAAAAUGGGCUGUUGAACUUGCGAACUUCGACAUCAGCUUUGAGCCACGAACGGCAAUUAAAGGCCAGGUGUUGGCCGACUUCAUAGCAGAACUCACUCCAGCAGACACAGCGGCACUCAAUGCUCCAACCCCACCAGACGUUGCCGAACAUAGCUCCGUGACCAUGCCAUGGCACCUUUUUCAAGGCGAGACUUGGCGACUUAACGUCGACGGGGCUUCCAACAGCAACGGAGCCGGAGCGGGGGUAGUCUUGGUCUCACCUUGUGGAACACUUCCUGAAAGCUCCCUCACCAUCGACUUCCCAGCCACCAACAAUGAAGCUGAAUAUGAAGCCCUCCUCGCUGGCUUACGCUCAGCCAUCGCGAUGAAAGUCACCAACCUCAUUGUCUACUGCGACUCCCGACUCAUCGUUAACCAAGUACUCGGUGACUAUGAAGCUCGGGACCCUUGA